GGGCGGGCUGCGGUGGUGGUCGGACACCGGUUAUCUGUCGACCAGAGGCGGCUGGCUCUCUCCCGGAGAGUGAAUGAGGUUGAUGCUGCUCUGCUGCACGUGGAAGGACGAACGCAUGGGAGAGGAGGAAGCUGGAGGAAGUUUGCCCGUCUGUGCGGGAUGCAAACAGAGGAUCUAUGAUGAGCAGUACCUCCAGGCCCUGAACACCGACUGGCACACUGUCUGCUUCAGAUGUUGUGAGUGCAGCGCCUCGCUGUCCCACUGGUAUUAUGAAAAAGAUGGGCGGCUCUUCUGCAAGAAGGACUACUGGGCCAAAUUUGGGGAGCUGUGCCACGGCUGCAAUGAUCCAAUCACCACCGGCCUCAUCAUGGUCGCAGGGGAACAGAAAUAUCACCCAGAAUGCUUCACCUGUCUGAACUGCAGGGCAUUCAUCGGUGAUGGAGACACAUAUGCUCUGGUGGAGAGAUCCAAACUCUACUGUGGUCACUGUUACUACCAGACCAUCGUCACCCCGGUGUCGCUGCCGGACUCACCAUGUUCAAGAAUCCCUCACACGGUCACGCUGGUGUCCAUCCCAGCUUCCGCCGAGGGCAACAACGGACGCAGAGGACGCGGUUUCUCUGUGGCCAUCGACCAGCCGCUCAGCCCGACCAGCGGCUUCAGCCCCGAUCAUGGACACACUGUCAGGGUCUCCCAGGUGGACGCAGACUGCAUCAGUCCAGAUGUGAAAAAUUCCAUUCAUGUUGGAGAUAGGAUCCUGGAAAUCAAUGGGACACCCAUUCAUAAUGUUCCUCUGGAUGAGAUCGACCUGCUGAUCCAGGAGACGAGCCGGCUGCUGCAGCUCACCAUUGAACACGACCCUCACAGUCAGGGGCAGGAGGGAGGCUCCUCAGAGGCUGAAGAGCAGGUGGACGGCCCCCUCUCCACCCCUCUGUCUGAGGGGCCCAGCCCCAUCCUGCCCAUCACCCAGCCACCCAACCCCGACAUCAGCAACCUGAGAUCCCGCAUCAUCACGCGGAGCUACAGCAUUGAUAAGUCACCAGGCUCCAGCAAUGCAGCGUCCCCCAUCUCCCAGAGGAAGGAUAUGAAUCGAUCAGAGUCGCUCCGUGUCGUUUCAAACCGGACGCACCGCAUCUUCCGCCCAUCUGACCUCAUCCACGGAGAGGUGCUGGGAAAGGGCUGCUUUGGACAAGCCAUAAAGGUGACCCACAGGGAGACAGGGGAGGUGAUGGUAAUGAAGGAGUUGAUACGCUUUGAUGAUGAGACACAGAAAACAUUCCUGAAAGAGGUGAAAGUCAUGCGUUGUCUGGAUCACCCCAACGUGCUCAAGUUCAUCGGAGUCCUCUACAAGGACAAGAGACUCAACUUCAUCGCAGAGUACAUCAAAGGAGGCACCUUGAGGGAAAUCAUCAAGAAAAUGGACGGCAACUAUCCCUGGAACCAGCGUGUUAGUUUUGCCAAGGACAUAGCUGCUGGGAUGUCAUAUCUGCAUUCCAUGAACAUAAUCCACCGGGACCUGAACUCACACAACUGUCUAGUCCGAGAGAACAACACAGUGGUAGUGGCGGACUUCGGGCUGGCUCGACUCAUGAUCGAUGACAAGCAUGAGGAGAAGUUGUCACAGGGCAAACUGCCAGGUCUGAAGAAGCCCGACCGCAGGAAGAGGUACACUGUGGUGGGAAACCCUUACUGGAUGGCUCCUGAGAUGAUCCACGGGAAGAGUUAUGAUGAGAGAGUGGACAUCUUUUCCUUUGGUAUCAUGCUCUGUGAGAUAAUUGGCAGGGUGAACGCAGACCCAGACUACCUCCCAAGGGCAAUGGACUUCGGACUGAACGUGUCUGGUUUCCUGGAGCACUACUGUCCCCAAGAUUGUCCCCAAGCCUUCUUCCCCAUGGCUGCUGUGUGCUGUGACCUUGAUGCAGACAAACGCCCUGCUUUCUCCAAGCUGGAGGAGUGGCUGGAGAACCUGAAGAUGCACUUGGACAUUGGUCUGCCCCUGGUGUCUGAACUGGACCAGCUGCACAAGGCCUUCUGGGAGAAUCACAGCAUCACGCGCCCUGAAAACGGCCUGCACACCCACCCCGAACAGCCGGAGCAGGACUGAACGCAACAGGGGGAGUGGGGAAGUUUGAGUUAACGUCGCCAGGGCAGCGAACGCCUGCCUCAGGUGGUGCAGUGGCUGGAGGAGUCAUAUAAAUACCCCUCCAUGUUUGAAGUAGAUGCAGGGGGGCUCAGGCUUAAUGGACAGACUCAGGGGGAAAAUGUGGAUGUGAAAAGCCACCUGUGCAAGAUGCACACACACACACAUUCAAAGUCAAAUCAAGGGACAUUAACUACGAUAGCUAGAUUCUGCUGCACCCGAAGCUAAAGUAGAACAUGUCAUAUGCAAUCAGACCCGACCUUCAAAUCAUGACUCAGCUCCUGAAUCAUGUAGAUUUAACAUUAGUGGUCAUUCAAGAAUACUUACUGUAGUUACUGUAAUAUGUAUAUUCAUGAGUAUAAAGUAGUCCAAAAAACAAGGCACAAAGCAAACCUUCAGCCUCCUCACUUUGGGCCUCUACAGAGUACAUUGUGCAGUGUGUGUGUGUGUGUGUGCAGGUGUUUUCUGUGUGAGUUUGGUUUGAUUUUGCUUUUUGGUUUGGAUCUCAAAACUGAACUUACGAAAAGUGCAAUGGAGAGGGGCCCGUCUGCCACUCGAGGCACAGAGAGGUUAAGAUCAACUUGCUGUCCACUUGUACAAGUCAAACAAAUCAUUUCAAGCUUUAAAUAGCUCACUGAAGAGUGCAUGACUGUAAAUAAUGCUGUCAGGUCAGAUCCUGGUUCAUCGUGUCCCUCUGACCUCAGACCUACUUCUGUGUGUGUGUGUGUGUGUGUGUCACUGCCCCUCUCCUUCAUUUAUCGUGUAGCACUGACUUAACACUGAGGUACACAUCUCUGGCAUAAAUUUGGUACAUUGUCUCCACAAUUUUAAGACCUAUUUGUGUAUCUCAUUAAAAUUCAUGUGGCAUCUUCACUCAUGAAUUCAAACCAGUGUACAUAGCUGGCCACGUUGUAAAUGUUUUAAAUAUUGUAAAUGUAAAUGACAUAUUUUAUAUACGUAUGCGACAUUGCCAUAUUUUUAUUGGCCGACCAGUUGAAAUUAAGGAGAGUAAGUUUGACUGCAGUUAAAAGGGCACAGCUGAAAGUUAUAUUGGUUUUUUUUUUUUGUCUUUUUUUUUUUUAUUGGCUUUGGGGUUUUUUUGUUGUUUUCUUCUACAUUCUCAACACUGUGGCAGGUUAGAGGCUUUUAAGGUUUGAGAAAUGAGGAAUCUUAAAACCAUAAAACAUCUCCAACCCUCAGUUCAAGCUCAGUAAAUGUUACAUUCUGUCAUUUUGCUCCAUCAAAAAAGCAUUUCUGAACAUUUGAUCUACCCUCUUGGAGUUUUCAUAUAGCCAUAGGUGUGUGCUGCAUACUGGACCAUCAGUAAGGGUUUACUGCCCUUUUAAACUUACAGACCUGAAUCUAAAUAUUAUGAUGAACUCAAAUUAUAUACUAUAUGAUGAUUUUGAGGGCAAUCGAUGUUAUUAAUUAUUCAUCUCAUGUACUGUACAGUAGUUCAGGUGUGGGGAUAAUAUCGCCAGGUACUGUCUCAUCAUGUCAGCUGUCUGUCCACCUAUCUGUCUCUCCUCCUGUGGAUGACCCACUGUUUGUUUACAUGUAAAUACUAACUGUAAAUAUCACUGGAUAUACGUGUCUGUCCUUACAUCUGUCUGCGUGCAUUGCAUAGAUAUGCGCACUCCUCAGAAAUAAUCUCUUCCACUGGUCAGUUUUCUCUCUUGCACCUUUCUGUCUCUAAUGUAAAAACCUUUCUUUUUCUUUUUCUUUUUUUUUUUUAAUUCUCUGCUGUUGUUUUCACGAGCUGCAUGAUGUACUACGUAGGUCUGUUCAGCUUCCAAACCCAGCUAUUUUUGUCUCUAAAUAUUGUGAUUUUAACUAAGAAAACAAAGAACGAAAGACAAAAAAAGUCAACAGAGAAUGCCAGGCUAAAAAGGACAUGAGAAAAAACCCCCACAGCAUUUGUUGUUUUUAUAUAUAACCACUGAAAUCUUUUUGUAUAGAUCUGAGUACUUUAAUUUGCACUAUAUUACCAAAUGGCUGGUUGAAGCCAUGUUUAUUAAUUUCCUCUCUUGGGCUACUUGUGAUAAGGAAAUAAAUUAUGUCGGUUCAGGUUGAUAUAUGAAUGCAAGACACUGAUAGAGCCUUUCAACUGUAAAAAUGGGAUCUGGGGAAUUUAUCCUCUUGAUAGCAAACUGGACCAUGUGAUCAUGAUUGAAUUAUCUACAUCUGUGGCAAUAUUGAUUAUAUUUUCCAUUUUCAAGUAAAAGUCUCCAAAAUCCUUAAAGUACUGUCAUGUCCAGUUGAGUAGCUCAUAAGGGGCAAGGUUUUCCAGUCUUUGCUGCCAAGGGGAUAUGAUGUCCCAGCUCUGCCUGCUGCCUACAGACUGGUCCUUUGUGAAAGAUGUUCUGUGUUGUUUCUGACUGCUUAGUUUCAUAUGUGAUGCCCACAGAGGCUGCAACCACUGCUGGUCCUUCUGACAACAGAGCACUUAAACUGGCCUGUCUCACCUCUCACCUCCUCAUCACACUCUUUUGGCUCAGGGCCGUACUUUUCUGGAGCUUACAUCACAAUUCAGUUAAUUCAGCAGCUUUUUAGGAAAGCAGUACUCAACAGUAACAGUGAGACUCAAAGAGCAUGUAACCUUCUGUCAAUAUAUAGGCUGAUAACACAAAAUACGCUUCUGUAAAACAAGCCCCUCCUGGUUGAUGUGUUCGUCCGUGGGCAUGUACUGUACAUGAGCGGCUUUGCCAUGUUUCUGUCUCCAUUCCUGUCUGAGCCAUGUUGAGCAUGUUAGAUGUGUCUGUGAGGACGUGUUGAUCAUCAAUGAGAAUGUUUCAGCAGCACUUCUUUGCAAAGGAUCGUUACCUCUGAACAAUGCUGUGCCUUUGUUGUAAGCUAGCCUUGCCAACGACUCGAAAAACGUGAACUGAUUUCCUUUUUUAAUGUAUCAUAAGUGCAAGCCUGAUUCAAGUGGAUUGAAUAUCAUUGCUGAUACUAUGUUGUAUGAGAUUUCACCUUGUUCUGUACCAUAUUUAUAUUUUCCAGAUCUCCAUCGUCAGUUUUUAUAUUUUAAUAUUAUAUUUCUUUUUUUGUCUUAUUUAAUUUUUUACACAAGCUGUGAAAACAAUUCUGCACUUUAAUCCUGAACAUGAACAUUUAGACUCUGAGGAGGCGACUGUUUUUUUUUUUCUU